UUUUUUUUUUCUAUAAUUAUUAGGUAAUUUUUGUCAGAGGCGGUCGCUUGCUAGCUACCUGCAUAAAAGGGUGGGUGCACUGUCAGCUUUUAAUAGGAGGUACACAGGCAUAAGGAGCUACUGGACAGUAGGACAUCAAAUAUCGGACAAGAACCAGCUGUCAGGGUGGUGGAGAUUAAACUAGCCCCCAUACUUGCUGGUCCAGUUGACUAAAAAGUAAAAUCCAGCUUGAUUGUAUAAACCGAAGUUAGAAAACCUCGGCUGUCAAUUUAACGUUUAAAGAAAUUAGGGUCGUUGUUUGACUUUAGCAAUAGGACAUGAAACCGUAUUGUGCACAGCCUAAACGCUGUAAUCCACAGAUAUUUGCGAAACGCUCCCAUAUUAAACGAAAAAAUAGCUAGUGGCGGAAGGAGCGGUGGUAGCUGGCGAUAGUGCACACUCAGGAGUGGGUCAUGUCUGAUAAUGGAACCACAGCUAGUGAAACCACUUGAAUAGUAUGGCCAAAAGUUUCUUCUAUGCUUUGGCCAUACACGUGUUUACAGUGAAUGAAACACGGAUACACCCCUAUAUCUCGAAGACUUGCUGGCGAUAGUUGACAAACUAGGUGCCUAGGUUUAGUGAUACCAGUGCGAGCGGGUUGUUGCCGUUGACAGCUGCACGUUAACCUACUUGCUUUAGCAUCCGCGCUCUGUAACCUACCUACUUGAGCUAACGCUAGCUACUAUGCCAUAUGGUGUAGCUGUAAGCAUUGAUUAGCGGGGUUUGCUUACAAUUGGAUUAACAGGACGUCUGUCGCUCGCUAAAAGCAAGUUUCAAAACAUUGUAGUAGCGUCUGUUUGGCGUUCCUGUGUAUGUGGUACUUGUAACCACCAAAACACCAUAAAAUGGUUUACACUGUGCUAUACACAAACGUUGACAAGUCACUCACAUUUUUAUAGUACAUACAGCACACAGAACGAGAGACUGGGACUGAUGUGGAGGUUACAGCAGCUCUCCACAACAGUCCCACGUGUCCACCUGUGUAUUAGCCUGAUAGAUCGCUGCUUGCACACGUUAUAGCUUGUACUAUGCAGUAUUUGUGAAAUGUAAUGAAAUCCAUUUCUUUUAAACACCAAACACUCAUGUGUUUAGUCAAUUAUGCCCAUGUAGGAGAUUUAACCAUAUCAUUUCACAUUAUGUCAAUAUUUGUACCAGCACCACUGAUACUGUUUGUUUUUUUCUUACUGAUAAAAACCUAUUGUAUGAAUGGAAACCUGUGGAUAGAGGUGGACAUGCCAAAAGAAAAGUAAAAGAACAGCCCACUGAUGGCUAACCCCACCCCUCAGCUUGAUGUUUUGUGAUACAAGAGUGGACCAGAAAGACUGUAGGCAACCGCCAUGGAGGACACCCAGCAGAAACCUGCAAACCCGGACCUGAGUCCUGCACCCAGUCCAGUGCCUAGUCCAGCUCCCAGCCCACUAUUGGACAGAAUUCCUUUGCCUGUGCCAAACCAUGUGGAGCACCUAAAUGUGAGCCAGAUCCAGGUGGUGGUACGUCGCUGCUCAAGUCCAAAUGUAACAGAGGAGACCACUUAUUUUAUUCCUCGUAACCCCGUAGUGGACGCCGGUACCAACACAGAUCCACCAGUGGUCUGUUGUCCUUUGCUGCGAAGAUUUUGCCCCUGUCCGCCAAGAGGCUUUUUCGCCUCCCUUAUUACCAAAGUUCUUUUGGCAGUUGUGCUCUUUGGAGUGGUUUGGUCAAUCACAGAGGAUGAAUGUCUCCCAGGAGGAAACCUCUUUGGCAUUACAAUACUCUUCAUCUGUGCAGUUGUUGGUGGAAAAUUGGUGUCUCUCAUUCGUCUGCCCAAACUUCCACCUUUCCCACCACUCCUUGGUAUGCUGCUCAUGGGCUUCCUGCUGAGGAACAUUCCAGUUGUUACAGAUGGAGUGUACAUUGACUUCAAAUGGUCUGCAUCUCUCAGGAACAUUGCUCUGGCUGUCAUUCUGGCCAGAGCUGGUCUAGGGUUGGAUCCCACGGCUCUAAGGAAACUAAAAGCUGUGUGUAUACGUGUGGCAGCUGGGCCGUGCUCGAUAGAGGCUUGCACCGUAGCUGUGAUCUCUCACUUCCUCAUGGGCUUGCCCUGGGUGUGGGGCUUCAUCCUUGGCUUCGUGCUAGGAGCUGUGUCUCCAGCAGUGGUGGUUCCCUCCAUGCUCCUGCUGCAGAAGGACGGUUACGGUGUAGAGAAGGGCAUCCCCACCCUGCUGAUGGCUGCAGGCAGCUUUGAUGACAUUCUUGCGAUCACAGGAUUCACAACAUGCUUGGGCAUGGCCUUUGCCACAGGUUCAACUUGGUACAACCUCCUCAGGGGGGUGCUGGAGGUGGCAGGAGGGAUGGUUGCUGGGAUUCUUCUUGGUUUUCUCAUCCAGUACUUCCCUAGUGUUGACCAGAAACACUUGGUGAUGAAGCGUUCCUUCUUGGUGCUGGGUCUGUCUGUUUUUGCUGUGUUUGGCAGUGGUGUGGCAGGCUUUCCUGGCUCCGGAGGCCUGUGCACCUUGGUGCUGGCAUUCCUGGCUGGCCUUGGCUGGGGGACAGAAAAGGCACGUGUGGAAGAAGUGAUAGGGUGGGCGUGGGAUGUGUUUCAGCCUCUUCUCUUUGGACUGAUAGGAGCUGAGAUUCGAGUCUCUGAGUUGGAGGGACACACAGUUGGUCUGGGUAUAGCCUCUCUCCUCAUUGGUCUGCUGGUUAGAGUGGGGUUCACCUUCGUCUGUGUGUUAUUUGCGGGCUUUAGCAUAAAGGAAAAAGUGUUCAUAGCCCUAGCAUGGAUGCCUAAAGCAACAGUGCAGGCAGCUAUAGGAUCCACAGCUUUGGACAUGGCGAGGACAAAGGAUGACAAGCAGCUGCAGAAAUACGGCAUGGACGUGCUGACUGUGGCUGUGCUCGCCAUCCUUCUCACAGCCCCUGUAGGUGCACUUAUCAUAGGGCUGUGUGGACCUCGCCUGCUGCAAAAGCCAGAGAACCCAGUCAGCGGCACUGCAGCAGGAGAUCAAGAUGACAAUGAAACUCCCGUCACCUAUGAAAGUACACUCUGAUGUCAAGUGAGAAAGGAGAAUUAAAGAAACUCCUCACACCUCAGAUAUUUGAACUUCUCUUUGGCCACCGAGUGGCCUUCGCUGUGUCUCUGUUGUUCAGCUCUCUGUGUUCGCAGUCCUGCAGGAACACGUGAAUCAUUUUGUAUUUAUAGCAUCUGGUGAUUUCCAGCCCUAACACUGCAAACAAAUGACCCACAUUGCACUGUCUGGAAAAAAAAAUCAUAUUGUUUUCAAGGUAUAGAAAUGGUUUAUACUUUUUAAAGGAUCUUGUCAUAUUCACUAAAUCCAGAAUUUUUCCACUGUUCUUGAUUGGAUUACCAGUAAGAAAGCUGCUUUACUUUGACUUGAAAGGUCAAAGUAAAGCAGCUUUCUUCGUGGGGCACAGAGAACGUUUUGGGAUGUUGUUGAUAAGCAAAUUUUAUUGCUAUGAGUAGACUACACUGUAAAACCACAUGUAAGUUUUAGGCGUCCUACAUCUUCAUGCUGUGUUUGUUUACUUUGAUUUGUGUAUGCAUAUUAGCCCUCUGUCAGUAUGGUGAGAUCAGUUGCGUAGUUUGCAAAGAGUCAGGGAAGGAUUUGUGUAAUUGAUAAUAUUUUAGUAUAAGUACGAUGCUGCUAAAUGUCAGCCAGUGUGAUCAUGUCUAUAUUUGCAAAACUGUAUGAAUCCAACAUUUUAUAAUUGAAGAAGAAAUAUAGAUUUUUCAAUAUUCUUAGUUUUUUUUUUUUUUUAAUUGCAGAAUGUAUCUGGUGUAACAUGAAAUGUCUUGUUUUAAUUUAUAUGACCUCCCUUAAAAUAUUUCGUAAUAGCAGCUAUUUAUGAUUGUUUUUCCAGAAUUGUUUUCAUUUUACCCAAAUACUAUGUAAAAGUAAAUUUAUUGCCUAUCUUUGCUGCAGUAAAAGCUUAAAUUAUUCAAAA